AACUGUGUCUGAAUGUGAACAUUGUAGAACAUUUGGUUGAUUAUCUCCACUUUUUCCUCUGUAUUUUGAUUAAACACAACAAAGAAUAAGCUCUAGUGUCUCCUGGAGGCUGCUCCUUGAUGUGGAAAAAGUAACUUCCUGAUAUUUUGUUGGUGGGGCGGGAUCCACUCAGUUUAUUUCUCCCCCCUCUUCCAGGAUCCUGAUACGUGGCUGUUUUGGGAAAGCCGUGGGGUGACCGACAGUUACUCCAGUGCUUCAGCAGCUGGGAGUGAGGAGAAAACUCAGCGGCGCCAGCCUCCCUUCAUCAAGUCGGCCUGGAUGGCAGGGACACACUGGUGCAAAGACUGUCGAAACCACAAGAAUUAUUGGUUGCAAGUGCAUUUUGGACCGUGGGACGGAUGAAAGGUGGAAGCUGUGUGAAGCCCAGCUGGGCUGUAGCUGCUCUAUUUAUCCCAGUUACCCUGCUGAUGCUGACCUCCAGGGGGGCAUCAAGCAGCCAGAAGAUGUCACAAACCUCUAUGGCUCAUGCAACAGCCACGGCUGCAGGACCAGGCCCCGGCCUGACAGAUGACCUCCCAGGCCUCCGGGCAGUAGCAGACUUCUUAGCCAGUGAACAUGCUCAUGUUUGGCUCUUGUCCCUGGUGAGCUCUGUUGCUGUGGGCCUCAGCGGGAUUUUCCCCCUGCUUGUCAUUCCCAUCGAAGCUGGAGCAGCCCUCAAAACAGAAGCUGGAUGCCAGAAGCUGAAGCAACUCUUGAGUUUCGCUAUUGGUGGUCUCCUUGGUGAUGUAUUCCUUCACCUACUUCCUGAGGCGUGGGCUGUCUCUGACUCUCCAGCUGGUAGACAUAACCACUACACGACCCAGGGCCUGUGGGUAAUCGUUGGCCUGUUGGCCUUCCUCAUCCUGGAGAAGAUGUUUCCAGACCCAGACGGUCAGGAGGAGCCCACUUCAGACUCAGACCUGAAUUCUAACUCUGCUACACAGUCUAAUUCAGUUUUCAGUGGAAAAGCAGUGGUAUCACUCAGAAAUGGGCUCCAUGCUGAGUCAUGGAAAUCCUCCAAGCAACAGAGUCUGCAGGAAAGAUCAGAGAAAAUUAAGACAAGUGGGUACCUAAACCUACUGGCCAACUGCAUUGACAACUUCACUCAUGGACUGGCAGUUGCAGGGAGUUUCCUGGUUAGCAAAAAGGUUGGGUUCCUCACUACCUUUGCCAUCCUGCUCCAUGAAAUCCCCCAUGAGGUGGGAGACUUUGCCAUUCUGCUGAGGGCUGGGUUUGACCGGUGGAGUGCUGCUCGCAUGCAGCUGUCCACAGCGCUGGUCGGAGUCCUGGGAGCUUGCUUCGCUCUGUGCGCUCAGUCACCACAAGGCACAGAAAAUGCCACUGCCUGGAUAUUGCCUUUCACCUCUGGAGGCUUCCUCUACAUAGCCUUGGUGAAUGUGGUGCCUGACUUGCUGGAGGAGUCCAGUUUAAGGCAGUCCCUACUGCAGAUCCUGCUCAUUUUCUGUGGCGUGGCCGUCAUGGCUCUGCUCUCUGCCAUUGUUGACUGAACAUGGAGGAAACUCCCCUCGUCUCGCCUUAC